AUGCAAAAAGUUACUGAAGCACUUGGUGGUUCUGAAUAUGUUACAUUUUUCUGUAUGAUUCUAUCUAUUUUAGAAUUGAUGAAUAAGUUAGGUUGCUCUAUAGAAGGUUCAGAUAAAUCAAAUAAUACAAUAAAUUUUGAAAUGAAUGACCUAGAAUUUGAUGAUAAUGUUGAAUUUGUUGAUGCACAGAAAGAGAAAAAAGAUUUGUCGAAUGAAGAAUUAUUUCUUGCAUACCUUCUGGAUCCGAGAUUUAAAAAAUUAAGAUUUGCAAUAUCAACCCAACAACUCCAAGUCAGAACUGCCCUUCAAGAAAAAUAUAAUAGUCUUAAAUCACUUUGUCAAUCUUCACUAACUCAAACAAAUCAGCCUUUAGAUUUUUAUGAUGAAUAA